UUCGGGUCUGGGUGCCUUUGGCAUAUUGAAGUGUCGAGUACUUCCAUAGCUGGAGUCACUGUAUUGCCGGAAGUCAGAAGCCCUUAGGAGAGCUUCGGCGAGGGAAGAGAGAAGCCAUGAAUGCCCCAGAUCGUUACGAGCGUUUCGUUGUUCCCGAGGACACCAAAAAGGUCUCUUACGAGCGGGACACCAAGAUCAUCAGCGCUGCAUCCUUCACUGUUCAAAGAGAGGACCAUACCAUCGGAAACAUUCUUCGCAUGCAGCUGCACAGAGACCCUAAUGUAUUGUUUGCUGGAUACAAGCUUCCUCACCCUCUUCAGUACAAAAUCACUGUCAGGAUCCAUACCACUGGUCAGUCCUCGCCUGUGCAGGCAUACAGUCAAGCUAUUAACGAUCUUGACAGGGAACUUGAUCAUUUGAAGAAUGCCUUUGAGGCGGAGAUGCUGAAGUUUUCAAGGGAUUACUGACUGGCAUUCCUGGUGCUCAUGGAUCUAGUGUAUGAGAGCAUUUUGCAGAUGCUAGUACUUAGGAUUGUAUAUGUGAAAAAUAGAAGUUUCUAAACUACAACCCACUUGAAUAUGGUGGUGCAACUUAGGUGGCUCUUCCCUAGAAUCAGCGAAUUGAACCUAAGAGCUUCGUUGAGAGUAGAUUGUGUAAAGAGCAAGCAAUGAGAUGGAUUCGAUUUUAACUAGUUAUGAAUUCAAAUACAAAACUAAUUCAAAUGUGUAUGAGUGUUCUUAUGAAUUUAAUAGAAAUGCAAGAGAAGUGUGGUUUUGGAUGCAAGAAAACAGUCUUUAGGAAUUGGAAUUGA